AUGGAAACCCUGGAAGGAGCUGAGCUCUGCUUCCCAGAACUCCUCAACACCUCCUGCAGGAAGAAGGUGCGUCCUCACUCCGAGGCCACGCUGCUCUACAUUCUGCUGUCCUGCAUCUCUUUGCUCACUGUGGCUCUCAACGUGCUGGUCAUCAUCUCCAUUUCUCACUUCAGGCAGCUCCACACCCCCACCAACCUCCUCCUCCUCUCCCUGGCUGUCUCAGACCUCCUGUGUGGCCUCCUGCUGCCAGUUGAAUUCCUCUUCGCAGAGGCCUGUUGGCUAUUUGGGGACCUUGUCUGUACAUUGUCAUUCUUUCUUGUCUUUUCUGUCAUCUCUGUGUCUGUAGGAAACAUGGUGCUCAUAUCAGUCGACCGUUAUGUGGCUAUUUGUUACCCUCUGCGUUAUCCCACCAAAAUGACACACAGAAGAGUUCAAAUCUGUGUUUGUCUGUGUUGGCUCAUUUCGGCCUUCUGCAGCAGUCUGACUAUUAAUGAUCUCUUGAUACAACCAGGCAGGUAUAAUUCCUGCGUUGGAGAGUGUGUGGUUGUCCUUAACUACAUCGCAGGAACUGUUGACCUUGUUUUAUCAUUUAUUAUUCCCUUUACUAUCAUCAUAGUUCUAUACAUGAGAGUAUUUGUGGUGGCUGUGUCUCAGGCUCGUGCCAUGCGAUCUCAGACUGUGGCUGUCACACACCAGCGUUCAGGGACUGUUAAGAAAUCAGAGAUGAAAGCAGCCAGGACUCUUGGGGUUGUCAUCAGUGUUUUUGUAAUGUGUUUCUGUCCAUAUUACUGUGUCACUCUUGCAGGAGAGAACAGCUUGGUGAGUGCUUCAUCUCUGUUCUUUUUUAUCUUUCUUUUCUAUCUUAGCUCUUGUUUAAAUCCUGUUAUCUAUGCCUUUUUCUAUCCAUGGUUUAGAAAAGCAAUUAAACUCAUUGUUACACUUCAGAUACUGCAGCCUGGCUCCCAUGAGGCCAACAUACUGUAG